ACUUGUUCCGUAUCACACAACCUUUGUGUCUUUCCUCUCUCUGCUUUUACAGAAUUUGUCAAUUUGCCAACCAGCAGAGUGCAGGAUACAAUGAACACUAUAACCUCCCACCACUGUAGUACUAAUAUGGUUCCUUCUUUAGGAUGUUAUGGCCAUUAUUCUCCCUCAAGAGUAUUAGGUUUCAAUGAUGUUGGAUACAAAUCUCAUAGAUGUCACCAAAGUGCCAGGAAAUGUAGACCAAUCUUUUGCAGUUCAGUGAAUGACAGUAUGAAUCCCAGUGACCCAGAUGACAUUGAUAAGAACAAAUCUCAUAAUGCUGAAAGUGGAGGAAUAAAUAGUGAGCUGCUUAGAGAGAAUCUUGAUAAAAUAGUUGGUAAGGAUGAUUCCACAUUUACUGGGUUUGAACUUGCUACUCUCAUUAGGAACAAAUAUGGGAGGUCUUAUGAUGUUCAGUUGGUAAAGAAGGAAUUCAUGGGGAAAAAUCUCUUUGCUCUGAAUGUCAUGUGGAAGUACAUGGAACAGAGAUCCUUUCCAUUGACUGAAGAAGAGUACAUUUUGAGGCUUGACAAUGUGGCAGACACAUUAAAAUGUUGGGGAGCUGUCUCACAUAUUCGGAAUAGCUUAGCAAAGUCUAAAGAACGACCUCGUAUAGGAAAGGAGCUUCUUACUAAAGAAAGCUAGUGGGUGGCCAUUCUGAGAAGAAGUACAUCGACAGCCAUGACAAAUGUGUCACUUUCCAACACGAAUGGGAUUUUAAAAUUCGGUAAGCCAAGAAUACGGGUGGAAGUGAUUCUUUCUAUUAAUGUUGCAAAGCCCAAUUAUGCCUUAUAAUUCCAUUUAAAUUUGGUAGCCUUAAGAAGAUUAGUGAGGGGAGUGACAAUGGUAACAUAAUGAUGUACAAACUGUUAGAAAAGAAUGGCACAAUCCAA